GAAAUCGAUACCGAAUUAGGACAAACCGUUACUGCUGGAUUAGCGAGUGCCGAAACAUUCGACGACGACGCCACCACUUUUGAGAAGAAGCCUAUCGUCGAUGAAGAUGGCAUGGAAGUUGUGCAAUAUGACAAAUACGGAUAUGGAAUUUUCCCUGAUCGACCAAAGCAUCCCCUGGUGGUCUGUAUGAAGAGAUACUUGCCCCUCUUAAUGCUGAUCUUGAUGACCGUGCUCACCAUCGCUAUUAUGUGUAUCGCCUUCGCCGGAUCUAGGAGGAUUCCUUCCAAAUUUGUGGAAAACAACAAGUAUGUCGAAGCAGUGACAUCGUGUGGACUAGUGCAGGGUAUUAUGGAGAAUAGCGCCUACGUGUUCCGUGGUAUUCCAUACGCAAUGCCACCGGUGGGCAAUCGUCGCUGGCAACCAGCUGAAUCUUUGAGCCGUAUCGAGCACUGCUGGAACGGCACUUAUUUGGCGCAUAACUCCUCUGAGAACUGCUGGCAACGUAAUACAUCCGGUCGUAUAGACGGCGUCGAGGAUUGUCUCUAUCUUGAUGUGUUUACACCAAGAGUUGGAUACAAUUUUCCAUUACCCGUAGUUGUAAUGAUCGGCGCCGAAACCCUGAGUGGCGGUUCACCUGGAGUGAUGCAACCUUCUGCCAGGACAGCACGCAUUCGUGACAUCGUAUUCGUACGACCAAAUUUCCGAAUGGGAAUUUUUGGAUUUUUGGCGGUCGAGCCUCUUACCAGAGCGACCCAUCCUCCAACAUCGGGUAAUUAUGGAUUGUCAGACAUCGUAGCAGCUCUUCAAUGGAUACAAUUGAACAUUGAAAAUUUCGGCGGCAACAAAUCGUCUGUUAUGUUGUGGGGACAUCGAGCGGGCGGCACUCUUGUAACAACAUUGAUCAGCCAUCGUCGAGCAAAGAACCUUUUCUCGAAAGUGUGGAUAUCCAGCGGUAGCGCGAUCUUCCCAAGCAGAGAAUUGAACUUGUCUGAAGACAUAAACCGACCAUUCCUUGAUUCCAUUCGUUGCAGCGAUGCCGCCUGUCUCAGAAGCAAGAGCGCCGAAGAUCUUAUGGAUGCUGUGCCAGAGACGUGGUACGUAGGUACCGUUGGUUUACCAGAAAUGAAAGAAGACGCAAGCACUUACACGCAAAGAAGACAUGAAUGGCUUGUUUUGGACGGAACAAUUCUUCAGAAACACGUCGGUGUUUCUAAAAUCUUGUCGCAAGACAAUCUUAUGAUAAAGAUAGUGAUGGGUACCACCGCGCACUCUGGUACCCCGCCGCCAUAUUUAUCACUAAACGUUACUCUUAACGCGACACAGAUCGAAAAUAUUGUACAAGAAUCCUUACUCGGAAUGAGAGGCUAUACGCCUGAAGCUCUGAGGCUCUACAAUGCUACAUUGAAGGGUUUAGUCACAAUGAUCUCCGAUAUUCGUGUAGUAUGCCCAUUACUAACGCUCGCCAGGAUGAAUACCAACAUACCAUUUUACGUAGCUACUCAACCACGCCAACAGCAUUUGGCCGAUCCUGACAGUGACGCUGCGGCCAUUUUAGGAACCUACAUUGCUGUUACGCCCGAAGAGAAGAGACACGUAUUAGCUAUGCAACAGUUAUUUAACCAUUUUGUUUGGCAUGACAAAGUCAUGCAGUUUGAUCAGUCGGGUGCGAAGAGAGUCUUGAUUGUUGAUCAGGACACGAUGCCCGCGCAAAGUUAUUCGAAUUGCGAUUUCUGGAUAAACAAAAACAUUGUACCUCAGUGCGGCCGGGUUGAUUAAACAGGCUUUCAUCGCCGUGUUUAUGAUCGCAUAUUUAGGCUCUGAAAAUUUGCAUUUUGAAUGGCGUGUAUUGUUUGUUUAAUUUCUGCGAAUGCUAAUUUUUACAACAUAAAUAAGUACUUUGACUAUUUGAAUAAAUUCAUGCGAUAAAUAUUCAUUGAAAUUACGAAAGACGAACAAAGAUAAUGUCUUUAUAGUGCGACAUAUAAUAGUACCUGUUAUAGCCCAAACGGCUAUCAUAAAUAAGGAGUUCUCAUGAUUUUUGAAAAAUAUAACAUUUUAUAAUUUAUAUAUAUAUAUAUAUCUUUAACUGCAAUGUUCAAAUAAUUUUUAAACACAAAUUAUGCAAGAAAAUAAAUAAUAAAGUAUUGCAAUAUUUGAAAUGCCGAAGACGGUCCGGAUACGACCGAGCUCUCCCGAACACGUUGUGACGUCACACUGCAACAACGAAACCACAAUUCUUCAGCAGGAAAUUAAUUUAUUUAAAAAAUGAGCAAAUGAAACACAUACAAAACGUGUUUUGUACCUUUGUGUAAAAGUACGACAAUUAAAAC